AUGAGCAGACAACAACCAAUAACCACUGAAGGAAGGUUUGAACAGUUAAUGAAAAUGAAUAGAAGUAAAGACAAACUUCUUGAGUAUAGAAGAUUGUUACCAAUUUUAUUAAAUUAUGGAACAGGAGCUACACCAUCUAUCAUUAAAUGUUUAUUGAAUGAACUUGUUAAUGAAAAAUCACCAUUGUUAUUAAAGUAUAUUGCUGCUGAGUCAUUGUACACAUUCCCAGAAAUGAAUUUAUCAUUUUCUGGAACAGCAAGUGAUAUUUUCUUUAUUAUUUAUAAUCUUCGUAAAGGCCUUCCCGUUGCAAACCAUAUUACACCAACAAAUAUCAUUUCAUUAUUAGCUACAGAUAAUAAAUUACUUAAUAACCAACUUAUUCCUGUAUUAUUUGCUAUUUGUUGUAGAGAAAAAAUUUCUGAAACAGAAAUAUCACAAGUAGAUUCUACUAUUACUCGAUACCUUCAAAUGAGUGUUACAUCAGGUACAUUAGAAUUCAAUCCAAAUAAACUGUCACUACAAAUUCAAGAACAAGAUGGUAAAAUUAGUAAUACUCCUAUAUUCACUGUGAUGAACAUUUCUUCAAGAAAUUUAUAUACUACUCAUAUGUCUCAACAUCACCAAAUUGUGUCUGGUUUAAUUCAGUACAUUUCUAAAGUGAAUGUAUCAGUUCAAUUAUGUGAAACAACUAUUUCUUAUGUAAAUCAAGUCAUGCAACAAUUCCUUCGUAUUCAAAAUAUACAACCUGUUCAUGCUGUUAUUUAUCAUGAAAUGGUUCGUUUACUUGGAAUAAUUGCUGCUCGUCAACCAUCCCUCAGUCAUAAUGUCUCUUCUGUUCUUCAAUCAAUUAAAAUACAAGCAGAACAUAUUGAUCCAUUUGUUGCUCUUUCAUUUCUUGAUGCAACAUUAAUGAUAUCAUCUGAAUUUGUUCAAAGUAAUGCACAAAAAGUAAAUAGUUUUAUUGCUGAGUUUCUUGUUAAAAACAAUGGAUUUUCUGAUAUUCUUUUAGUUAGUGAAACUCUAAGAAUAAUUAAAAAACAUUCAAUUGCUUUAUCAACUGAGUCAAUAUUCUUUCCAUUUACUGCUAUUGCAAUGCACUCAACCUCAAUCCAAAGAGAUGUUCUUCCCCUUCUUUAUUUAUUUAUUGGUAAUGGUAAUGCAUCAUCAGUGCUACACUAUAUUUUAGAUCUUCCAAUUAUAGCAUUGUUAUUAACUAUAAUACCACCAGGAACUGUUGACCAUGAAAAAAAAAUAGAGAACUAUCAAUUUGCUUAUAACUAUCUUUAUCGUACUACAUAUGAAGGAAAUCAUUUAUGGAAAGGAGAGUAUCGAAGUAAAUUAGAAGAGCUUCUUCGUAGACCAGAACGUAACAGCGGAAGAGUAAAAGCUGCAACUAAAUGUGUUCCAGCUUUAUUAAGAGUUUUCUUCCAAGCAGUAAGUGUUCGUUAUAAUAGUGAGAGUGAAGCAUUAAAGAUUGUAAAAGAAAUUAUCUCACGAUAUGACUGUCUUUAUCCUGAUAUCCAAUUUAUGAGAGGUGUAAGAGAAACAUUUGUUUCAGCGUUGAGUGUGAUGAUUAAAGCUGCUCCAUGUAUUUUGAGUGUUUUGGUUGCUGCUUUAGAUGGUUUAUUAAAAAGUGCAGAUUUUGUGGAAAACUCUUACCAAACAGAAUUUGCAAAUCAUUUGUGUUUAUUAGUUGGUGAAAAUGCUCAUUUCAUUAAACCAGCAGAAAUUGAAUUCUUACUUGCAGAAGUUGACCCUCAAACAUUUGAAGACUCUAACUAUCCAGAAUACUUACAAAUUUCUCUUCUUUCUUUAUAUUGCAAAUUAGGACAGGCUAUUGGUCAAAAUUCUAAAGUUAAACUCACGUUAUGUAAAUUGAUUGGAAAGGUAGAUGAUUAUCCAAUGUUAUCAAUGAGAACUACUGAACUUUAUGCUUUGUUUGCUACUCCAGGAUUGGCUGAAGCUACUUUUAGAAAUUUACAAUUUGAUUAUAUUGAUGUAGACGCCCCACUCCCUGCUCUUGUUUCAACUUUAGAAGCAUCUGAUGCACAUCCACUUCAUCCAUUUACGUUAUUUGUGAAUGAAAAUGAAAGUAAUUAA